GCGCUGCGGCGCAAGCGUUGUUUAAAUGAAACGUCAUCGCAGCGCGCCUUUCUGCGCUUCACAGUGCCGGUCUGUGGCGGCGUUGCCGUGGGGACCGCGGUGACUUUGCACUGUCACAUUCAGUUACAUCGCCUGCCGAAGGGAGAGGAGACAUGGCGAGCGCACCCAGAGUCACCCCCACCAAAGGGAGUGAUGGCCGUGCUCCCGCAGCCAGCCCCGCACACAGACACGGGACCAGCCCGAGUCUGUCCAUUAAGGAGGCGUCCCCUAGCCCGCGCGAUAGGAGGAAGUCACUGCGGAGAUCUGCGGGGAAGAAGCAUCGCAGGACGCUGCCGCCCAUAUACCGCAGCCCCACAGUGCUCAGUGAAGCCAUCAGCUUGACAUUACCAGAGAGUGAGCGGCUCUCGGAGCUUCUGCAGUCUUGCUUCCAGUACUCUCUUCAUAACGUGGGAAGUUCCCUGUCUCACACAGAUGGUUUCAAUGCAGAAUCCUUUAAUGCUAGUGGUGAGUAUUUGUUAUCCGCUAAAGAAAAGCUGAAGCGUAUUCUUGAACGAUUUUCUCAUAAUGGAACAUUUAAAAGAUGCACUGAGAAUUCGAGCAGUUUAACAUCCAGUGAAGAAUCGGAGGCUGCACAGGCACUAAUUAGAGAAGGUAUCUCCAAGUAUACUGCCGAGGGCAAACGCUGGGAGGAGCUCCUGGAAGAUUCCGACAAGAAAGCAGAUGCGCUAUCCAGCCUGCUUGAUGAAAUGAAAGAGAAGGACGCCUCUGAAGCUAGUGUGCCUGAUUUGCCAACUUCCCAAGAUUAUGUUCUUCAGAGCAAGCCAGACUACAAAGCUAUGUUGACCCAGCAGGGGGCAGUGUUUAGCAGCAUGGAAAUCGUGGUGGAUGAGCUGCAGCAGUCAAUCCAGUUCAUAGAUUCCUCCUUAGACGAGAAUUCAUCGCACCUACAGCAGCUGUCAGCAAAGCUAAAGUCCCGAUCUUUCACGCCGAUGGAUGAAUCGCCGGUCCGAACAUUUCUGAGAAUUUUUCAGAAAUAAAAACAAAAAUACAAAAACCUUCAAAGUUGAAUUUUCUGAGAGAUGUACUUUUGAUAUAAUUGGUUUUAUGAAAAUGUCAUACGUCUCCUCUAUAAUAUAUUUAUAUUAGAACUCUGGUAAUGAGUAUUGGGUUUAAAUGACUAUAUACUUUAUUGUUUAGAAUAAAUUGGUAUAAUCA